AUCUUCAGUUAGUUGUCUGAUGUCUUCUCAACAGAAUGUUUUAUAUUAUUUCGCAAUUUAAUUUAUUAACUAAUUUCUACGAUUAUGGAGAUUCGUAAAUUAUUUCCAUGUAAAUUAAAUUGUUCACCAAUAAGUGUAAAUACAGUUUAUCUCAUUCUAUUAACAAUUAGUGUCCAAGUGAUACAAUUAACGGAAUCAAGUAACUUACCCUUACUAUCUGCAAGCUUACGGACAUUUCAAGCUCACGCCUGUGAUGGUCAACAAUUAAUGUUAGAGUGUCUACCGAAUACAGUGAUUAAUAUUUACGUCGUUAAUUAUGGACUAACAAUUGGAUCACAAGUUUGCCAAAAAUCAUCAAUAUCUUACCAAUCUUAUGACGAUGAUAUUGAUGAUAAAAGCUCACCUUUGAAUCCAUCCAAUAUGAUUGCAAUGGGAUCAUCAUUAUCUCCUAAUCAAACCAACCAAAUCAAUCAACCAGCAAUCAAAUCAAAUUGUCAAACAACAGACAAUCUAAAGUAUUCAUUGUUGAACAAGGCUGAAAGUGCCUGCAGGGAGCAGCAAUCAUGUAAAAUAAUGACCGAUCCUAAAUCAUUUGGAGGAGUUGACCCUUGUCCAGGUAUAACCAAAUAUGCUGAAGUUACAUAUAAAUGUCGUCCAAAUAUAUUUUAUAAUAAAAUUGUUUGCGAGGAUCACAAGAUGAGAUUAUCAUGUAAAAAGUAUCAUCGGAUAAUGAUUUACUCAGCAUUUUUUGGAUCAACUAAAUCCGGUGUAGCUGAAUGCCCUCAGGUCAGUUUACCACCAGCAUCACAGUUAUCAUCACAGGUAAAUAAUAAUAACAACAAUGAUGAAUGCUCAAUAAGGAUGACAACUGAGAAAGCAGUUUCUACCUGUAAUGGUUUACGUAAUUGUGAGUUAAUUGCUAAUCGUGAGACAUUUAAUAAAUCUGGUUGUGCCAAAUCAACGAGACUUCAUAUGAAAAUUGUCUAUGCUUGUGUACGUCGUGAAGUAUUGAAAAGUUCAAUCGGUAAAUCAACUGAAUCGCCAGGAGGUGCAAAUGAAAUGAUUUAUCCGGAUGAAAUCAUUUCUAAUGAUAAGUUAACAUCAACAACAACAACGAUUUCAAGUAAAUCACCAUCUUCAUCUUCAUCUUCAUCUUCAACAGUUGAUUAUAGUGGUUACAUGGGUGCACCUAGAGUGGCACCGGAAGAAGAGGAUAAAGAUUUAUCAUCCAAAGUGACUCCUUCAUCAUCUAUUAUCUCCUCUGAAUCUUACCUUAAAUCAAAGGAACCUCUUAAUGAUCCAAUUCGAGUUCCUAUUAAGGAUGGAUUAGGAACAAGUUCAUCGGACUCAGAUGAUCCAUAUCAUGGUAAUAAUAAUAAUUCAUCUCUACUUCACCCAAGGAAAGCUCUUGGUUUCAUGGUUGAUUGGCUAUCAGCUUAUAAAUUCAUCAAAGAUAAAGCUGAGAUGAUUGCUGUUUGUCUAAUUCUGUCAAUUGUUGUGGCUUCCCUCCUUUUCCUUGUCUUCCUUUCAACCAAUCAGCUGAUAAUCUUGAGACAUCCAACUAAUAAUAGUAAUGAUGGUAAAUCAUGUAAAUCGAAACAAGAAAGUUCCAAGAAAAAGAAACCAUUCAGCCCGAAAAAAGCGUUAACAUCAUCACCUUUUAGACUGGGAGGUAGAGGCUCAGGUAGAUGUGAAAUCGAUGGUCUAGAUGAUACAACAGUUGACCAACUAUUGGAAGAACUUGAUCCAGUAUUAGUUAAUUCAAUUGGAAUCAAUGAUUCAUUAAAUAAUCACCAAAUGGCUUUAACAUCAUCUCAUCACAGUUUCCAUGAUUUUCGUGCUCAUUCAAAACCUUUAAUUACCGAUGGACUUCCGUUUCCUGCCUCCUCUGGUCAAACUUACAGUUUUACCUCAAGUUUAUCUCGAAAUGGUGGUCAAGGUAUCAAUCGACUUUCCUUUGGUAGGCCAAUUCAACCACCUACCGCUCCAAUUGCAAUUACACCUCCCACCAUGACAAUAUCCUCUCCCAUUGAGAAUAUCAGUUUAUCAUCACCUCCACCACCGCCAACAAUUAAUUGUCUUUAUCAUCAUCAAACUGAUUCAAAUCCAAGAUCCAUGACCGGUACAGUUAAUAGUUACUUUUGAUUGGUAUCAAAUGAGUUAAUUGUUUUUCCAAUUGUGAGCCUUAAUCAAUCAUCACUUAAUCUAAUCAAAUUGCCAUUGAUUAAUUUCUCAAUCUGAAAUGUUAGGCCAAACUUAUUUUAUACCAACAAUUAAAAAACAAAAUGAGCCAAAGUGUUUUAUUUUUUGCAACAAUUAACUACAAUCAAGUUUGAUUGAUUGAUCAAUUGUUGAUCAGAUGACAUGGACAAUUAGAAACCUUAAUUGAAAAGGUCUUAAUCCUCUCAAUCUGAUAGCUAAAUUAAUCCAAAAUGAUUAUCAUAUCGCUGAUCAUCAUCAUCAUCAUCAUCAUCACAGGUAAGAUGAUGAUAAUUUAGUCCUCACAAUUAAAUGAUCAACUGAUUGCAUUGGAUUAAUUAAUUAUCUUCUUAUUUGUAAUCAGCUUUUUCCCUCUCUUUUUUUACACAAUCGCCUUAAUUGUUAAUAAUUUAAACAAAACAAAUGUAAUUAAAACUUAUCAUUGAUAAGAAAUCAAAAUAAAUGCCAAUUGUAAUAAUAAUGAAAUACACCGAGCACGAUACAAUUAACUAAUUGUUACAACAAAACGUGAUCGGAAAUCUUGAUUAAACUUGAUUUUCAUGCUAAAAUUGUAACUUGAACAAUUAAAACAGCAACAAGAUAAUAACCAAAUGAGUAAAUUGUAAUUAACAUGAUCUUUUCCCAAUAAUAUUUACUAAACAAUUAAAUGAAAUUUUACAAAAAGUGUCAAUAAUUAAACUUGAUUGUGAUGGAAAAGUAUAAAUAAUU